CAUCUUCGCCGUGUAUUCGCAUCAUCUCCCGAUGAUAUAUUAGAACCGACGAUGUUAUCAUCGGGAGAUGUUCCCAAUACACGACGAAAAUGUGCUGUGAGGCGUUGUGGGGCGGGCUGUCUCCUGUGCGGCUGUAGUGCUGUGUAGCGUCUUGUGUGGCUGAUGGCUGUAUUCAAAUUCAUCAUUACACCUUGGUCAAUGCAACGGUGUAAGAGCAAAGAAGACUGACUGCUUUGCGCAAUCUAUUCUGAUUUCUGAAGCAAAGACAACCUUUAAUGGAGAUAUUGGAAAUACGAUGAUCAAAGCUCCAAGUCAACCAGAAGGCAAAACAUUGUCACUUGCCAAAAAACAUUGUCUGUAAACUCUGUGGCUUCUAACAUCCAGUACAGAUUAGAAUGGCAGAAGCUUUGUUGGUUUCUGUUAUUACCAAACUGGGAGAGAUUGCUCUUAAAGAGGUUGCCCCAGACGGUCAACACCAAGUUCGGACCACAGAUGACAUUAGGUUCAUCAAGGAUGAGCUCUCAACCAUGAAGGCCUUCCUGAGAGAUGCAGAGAAGAAAAGUAUGAGAGGAGAGGUUGUGAGCGAGUGGGUGGCACAAGUCAGAGAUGAAGCUUACAAAAUUCAGGAUGUUCUGGAGGAGUUCCUCCUCCGAAUGGAUCUCCUCAGGGCUAGACUCACGAGAAGACAUGUGGGUUGUCUAGAUAUCAAGUUUUAUAUAUGUUAUAUACCUUCCUUCAACAAGCAGAUGACACUCUGCCGUGAAUUCCACUCAGAGAUUGAAUGCAUCAAGAGGGAAGUCGAAGCCAUCUCUAGGAGAAGAUUGCAAUACAAUCUUCAAGAGGAAGUAAAUAGCUCGAAUCAUGAAGAAGAAACAAGGGGAGAUUAUGGGUUGUCUUCUCCAUUUGUUGAAGAAGCUAAUAUCAUAGGGAUAGACAAAGAUGUCGAGAAACUAGAGAAUUGGUUGCUGAAAGAAGGAGUUGAUGAGAACCAUCAAAGGUCAAUAAUUUCUGUGGUCGGCAUGGGGGGUUUAGGCAAGACAACACUUGUGAAGAAAGUUUACAAUAGCAUCAAGGGGCAUUUUGAAUGUAGUGCUUGGGUCUCUGUUUCUCAAGCAUUUGAAUUGAGGGGAAUCCUCAGACGCUUGAUGGAAGAAUUCUAUGAGAGCAGAAAGCAAGCACCUCCUAAAGGUAUGGAAGCCAUGGCUGUAGAAAAGUUGCAACAGACGACCUAUGGCUAUUUGCAAGGUAAGAGUUACAUCCUUGUACUUGAUGAUAUUUGGGAUGUUAAUGCUUGGGAAGUAGUAAAAAUUGCUUUGCCCUGUAAAGGUAAAUGCAAGGUUAUAUUCACGACUCGGUUGGAAGAUGUAGCUUCUCCUACAGGUGAGACCAAUUAUGUUCAUAAACUUCAGAAAUUACCCCCAAAUUUGGCUUGGGAUCUCUUUUAUAUAAAACAGUUCAAGAAUAACAACCCUUCUGUAAGUUUCCCUUCUCAUUUGAAAGAAAUUGGAGAAGCUAUUGUUAAAAAGUGUGAUGGUCUACCACUUGCCCUUGGGGCCAUUGGAGGCCUCAUGUCAAAGAAAGGGACUAAUCCAUCAGUAUGGGACGAUGUUCUCAAGAAUCUUGACUGGGAAUUGAAUCACAGUCAAGACCUUCAAAGACUAAGUGCUGUCCUGCUUACUAGCUAUAAUUAUUUACCCUCCCCUCAAAAAUACUGCUUCCUCUAUUGUGGCUUCUUUCCAGUUGAUUAUCGAAUCAAGACAUCAAGAUUGAUUCGUCUAUGGGUGGCUGAAGGUUUUGUUGAGGACCACCCUCGAAAGACACCAGAAGAAGUUGCAGCAAAUUACCUUGUUCAGCUCAUUAAUAGGAGUAUACUACAAGUUGACAUUGAUAAACUUCGUGUGGGGCUGAAUGCAUGUAGAGUACAUGACCUCAUGAGAGAAAUGGCUAUUCAAAUUUUUAAGAAAGAAGAGUUUGGUGUAGUUUACACAAACCACCCAAGCAAUGGGUUACUUGUUGGGAGUCACCGACGUAUAGCAUUUCACAAUAAGAUUGCAGAUAAUAGCCUUACAUGGGAUAACAGAAUCAACCAUGAACAGAAUAAUCCUCGAUCCUUCCUCACAUUUUCUGUGAAAGAGGUCUCAUAUUCUGCUUUGCGUCAAAUGUUGUUAAAUCUUAAAUCUUUGAGAUUGUUGGAUUUGUCAGAAACUAAAAUUGAGCAUUUGCCAAGUGAAAUUGGCAAUUUGAUUCACUUGCGCUAUUUGGGUUUGAGGUGGACUCAAAUCCAUCAGCUUCCAUCUUCAUUGCAAAAGUUGCAUAACCUACAAACUUUGGAUCUUCGGAACACAAAAGUGGAAAGCUUCCCCCCAAAAAUUCAAAUAGCAACGUUUCCACAAAUGAGACAUCUUCUUUUGACAAAUAACAGAGAGAAACUCAGUGAUCGGACUUUCACAAUCCAUAUAUUGAGAAGAUUUACAAUAGGAGCAAACAAUAGAGAAUUAUCUAACCUGCAAACACUGUCAGGGGUCAAAGCUCAUAAGAGCUUAGCAAGUCAACUUGGCUACUUAAAUGGGCUUAGGAAAUUAUAUAUCGUAGAAGUAAGAAGAGAAUAUUGUACAGAGUUAUGUGCUGCUCUUAGGAGGAUGGAACACCUACGGUCCCUGAGAAUUUGCUCCAACACUAAAGGUGAUGUACUUGAUCUGGAAAUGAUGUCACCACCUCCACCUCAUAUUGAGAAGUUAUCUUUGGAUGGGAUUAUGGAGUGCUUACCUCAGUGGGUAUGCUCCCUCAAUAACCUUCACACAAUUAAAUUGUUUGAUAGUAGGUUAACUGAUGAUCCAAUGCUCAGUCUAUCACAGCUGCCUAAUCUAGAGAUCCUUGUGCUAAGUACUGCUUACAUGGGGAGGCAGAUGGGUUGGAUUAGUAGCAGCAGUGGUGAUGUAGGAUUUCCAAAACUGAGAUCGUUAUGUAUUAGUGAUAUGCUCAACUUGGAGGAGUUCACUGAAAUAGAGGAGGGUAUGCUGCAAUGCUUAUGGCAUGUUGUCAUUGGUUUCUGUCCAAAGUUAAAGAAGCUUCCCCAUGGCUUUCAACAUCUCAAGACUAUUCAUUCAUUGAUUUUAGCAGAGAUGCCAGAGGAUUUCAUUCAAAGGUUGCGUUUCAAUGGUGGGGAAGACUAUUGGAUGAUCCAAUAUAUUCCUAAAACUAUGAUUGAAAACCGUUCAAUGGGAUGCUUGUCACUGAAGAAAACAUUAGAUUUGGUUGACAUGACAAGGAACCUUAAGAAGAAAAACCCAAGUGCUACUACAGAUUAAUGAGGGAACUCAUACAUGUAUCAGGAAGGCAUCUUUGAGCUGUCUAAAAAGUAAGAUGGAGGAAGAGUGGCUUAUGUGUCAUACAGUGGAGGA